AUAUACACACAUAUAAAUGAGCAUACAUGUUUUCACAGGCAUGCAGAUAGGCAGAGCAAGAAAAUAAUUAAUCUUUAUGUUCAUCAGAAAAUUGAACUAACUCUGCCUUAUUUAGCUAUAUAUAUCAUCAAUUUUUUGGGAGGAUCCUAUUAAUUUAAUUCUUCUUACAAUGUCAUCUAUUAAUAUGGUGCAUCUUGUUAUUGGAGAUCAUCACGUUGUUAUGGACAACGGCAUACUUAAAGUGACAUUAUCAAAACCAGGGGGAAUCGUUACUGGUAUACGAUAUAAUGGCAUCGACAAUUUACUUGAAGUUAUAAACGAGGAAGACAAUAGAGGGUACUGGGACCUUGUGUGGAGUAAAGAGGGAAGUAUUGGAACAACCGGUACAUUUGACAGGAUAAAAGGGACAAACUUCAAGGUUAUAGUGGAAGAAGAGGAAAGGGUGGAGAUCUCAUUCACUAGAAAAUGGAACACCUCUCUCAUAGACCAACGUGUCCCUUUAAACAUAGACAUAAGGUAUGUAAUGCUGGGUAAUUCGUCAGGCUUUUACGCAUAUGCCAUCUAUGAGCACUUGAAAGAAUGGCCUCCAUUCAACCUUCCUCAGACCAGGAUUGUUUUCAAGCUCAGAAAGGACAAGUUCCAGUAUAUGGCAGUAGGUGAUAACAGGCAAAGGCACAUGCCUCUUCCUGAUGAUCGGGUGCCCCCUAGAGGCAAAGAGCUAGCUUUCCCUGAGGCUGUCCUUCUUGUUAAUCCUGUAGAGCCAGAAUUCAAAGGAGAGGUGGAUGACAAGUACGAGUACUCGUGUGAGAAUAGAGAUUUGAAGGUGCAUGGGUGGAUAUGCAAGAAACCAGGAAUAGGGUUCUGGCAAAUUACACCCAGCAACGAGUUUCGAUCUGGCGGCCCUCUUAAGCAGAACCUCACCUCUCACGUUGGACCUAUUACCCUUGCUAUGUUUCUAAGUGCCCACUAUGCUGGGGAGGAUAUGGUUCUGAAAUUUCAAUCCAACGAACCGUGGAAGAAAGUUUUUGGCCCUGUUUUCAUUUAUCUUAAUUCCCUCCCUAAUGGAACUGAUACACUUCACCUUUGGGAUGAUGCUAAAAUUCAGAUGAUGAUCGAAGUACAAAAUUGGCCGUACAAUUUUAUCGCUUCCGAGGACUUUCCUUCCUCGGAUCAACGGGGCUGUCUUAGUGGUAGACUCAAAGUGAGAGACAGGUAUAUUUCUGAAGAAGAUAUUGUAUGUGGAGAAGAGGCUCACAUAGGCUUGGCUCCACCCGGUAAAGUUGGAUCAUGGCAACUUGAAUCCAAAGGGUAUCAAUUUUGGACAAAAGCAGAUGAGAAAGGUUAUUUCUCCAUAAAUGAUGUUCGUGUCGGUCAAUAUAAUCUAUAUGCGUGGGUCCCUGGUUUCAUUGGAGACUACAAAAAUGAUCUUCUCAUUAACAUAACUGCAGGUUGUGAUAUUGACAUGGGUGAGAUUGUGUAUGAACCUCCAAGAGAUGGACCAACACUCUGGGAAAUAGGCAUUCCUAAUCGCUCUGCUGCUGAAUUUUAUGUGCCUGAUCCUAAUCCUAAUUACGUAAAUCCACUUUAUUUAAAUCACCCAGAUAGAUUUAGACAGUAUGGAUUAUGGGAAAGAUACGCGGAGUUAUAUCCUGAUGGAGAUUUGAUUUAUACAAUUGGUGUUAACGACUAUACAAAAGACUGGUUCUUUGCUCAUGUUACCAGGAAGACUGAGAAUGACACAUAUGAAGGGACCACUUGGCAAAUCAAGUUUGAUCUUGACAACAAAAUUGAGACUGCUAAUGCAACUUUUCAACUCCGCAUAGCCCUUGCCACUGCAAAUGCUGCUCAAUUAGAGGUUCGAAUUAAUGAUGAGAAUGGAAAUGCUCCUCUGUUUAACAGUGGACAAAUCGGACAUGAUAACGCAAUAGCUAGACAUGGAAUUCAUGGUGUCUACAGACUAUUUAACAUAAGCAUUCCAGGAUCUCUACUUGUUAAUGGAAAAACUAAUACAAUAUUUUUAACACAGGCCAACAACACCAGCCCUUUACAAGGAUUCAUGUAUGAUUAUAUUCGUUUAGAAGCUCCUCAAAUUGCAUCACAUCACAUCACAUGAUGUAUAUUACUAUUCAUCUCAAAUUCUAUUUACUAUAUUUACCCUUAUUUGGAUCAUCAUAACUUAUUAUAAUUAUGUUAUAAAAUGCUAUAUUUGGAUGUCUAAA